AUGUCAUUAUUACGGCCAGGGAGGAUAUGCGCCCUAGGAGUGAACUGCACCCGGGCAGUUAGAUUUGCACACUUUUCCAAUGCUCGUCAGCUCAGCUCUUCCGCGACCAGACAGGCAGAUGAGAAGGUUCCAACGACUACUCCCGAAGAUGCCCCAACCGCCAUAUCAAGAGGAGAUUCUGUAAUCCGGAGGGAAUCGCCAUCUGAGGCUAUGGCCCGGCAUCAACCAGACUAUAAUGCAACUGUUGACCAAGCUACCUCCACAUUCUCCCCAGUCCCAAAACGCGUUAUGGAUGGGAGCGAACCUGGAGAUGUAGUUGCUGCAGCUGUUUUGUCUGGCGCUCCUACGGACCUUCAGGCCCGAACAGUCAGAAUUUACCGUCCUUCAAAGCCGGCCACUCAGUCUGGCACCUGGCACAAUCACCACUGGAGAAUGGACUGGGACAUUUUGUCUAAGGGCCAUCGCUGGGAAAAUCCGCUGAUGGGAUGGCAAUCGUCUGCCGAUGGAAUGCAAGGGACACACAUGAAUUUCAAAUCCAAAGAGGACGCAAUCCGUUUUGCUGAGAAACAAGGAUAUGAAUACUACGUUCAGGAACCAAAUGAACGUGCUUUUCACCCGAAGGCUUAUGCGAACAACUUCUUGCAUACGCACAAAAAGCUCAAGCACAUUAGGACAAAAUAA